UCCUGUGCGAAGCGCCGGCACUUUGCCGCAGCGAGCGCCCUAUAGGAGCUCCCCCGGAUCGAGCGGGACGAACCCUAGACCGGUCUGCCGCCGCCCAUCCGUGCAGGACCUGGAGCUGCGCCGCCGCCGCUCUUCCAGGUCCAGGAGGGUCGCCGGCUCGCCGUCUGCCAGCCCAGCGACCCCGCCCGUCUGGCGACACCGCGUCCUCGCCUGCCCGCUGGUCCGGUGACCCCGUCCGCCCGCCCGCACGUCCUGGAGGUCUGCCGCCGCUCGUCUAGGAGAGCCACCGUCGCUGACUCACCGCGGACGCCGUCUGCCUGCCCGCGUACGCCAGUCCGCGAUGAGGGUGAAGAGGCGAUCGCGGCACCGCAAGGUGGUUAAGUUCUACUCCACCUGCUUCGGCUUCCGCGAGCCCUACAAGGUGCUCAUCGAUGGCACCUUCGUGCACCACCUCCUCGUCCACCAACUCCUCCCCGCCGACGACGCCCUCCGCGAGCUCCUCUCCGCGUCCAGGGCGCCCCCGCUCUUGACCUCCAAGUGCGUCGUCGCCGAGCUCAGGCGCCUCGGCAAGUCCCACUCCGAGGCGUUCGACGCUGCCCAACUCGUCGCCACCGCCAGCUGUGAGCAUGACAAAGUGGUCAGUGCGGUGGACUGUAUUCUGUCACUUGUUGGUGAUAAGAAUCCGGAGCACUACUUUGUUGCCACCCAGGAUUCUGAUCUCCGGGCAAAGCUACGGGAGGUUCCUUGUGUUCCUGUGAUAUAUGGUCUGAAGAACUCCCUGUUUAUUGAGCAACCCUCUGUGCAGCAACGUCAGUUUGCUCAGUUGGAUGAGGAGAAGCGUAUACAUAUGGAAAAAUCAGAAUUUAAGAAGCUAUUAAAGGCGUCAUCUGAAGGAAAGACAUCCGUCUGUGGAAACGCUCCCGGAGUGGCAGAGAAAAGCAAGUUUAAAAGAAACAGAGCAAAGGGUCCAAACCCACUCUCUUGCAAGAAAAAGAAACCAAAGCCUCAACCAUCAGCUGCUCAAAAUCAGGGCCCGAAGACUGAUGGCGAGGCAAAGCGAAAGAGGGUUCGGAAGCGGAAGAGAAGUGCCAAAGGCAGUAGUCAAGCAGAGACAUGAAGCUGAUGGACCUAUGAAGAAGUUGCAAACAGCGGUUGGAUGGUGUUUGAUGGACCUACAUAAUCGUUAAAAAGCUUCAUAAAUCAUGCAUGACCGCUUAGAGGAUUGUGGCUUGAAUUUUUUGACAAUGUAACACUUAAUAGUUUGUUUGACCCUGUUUGGACCUGUAUAUCCUGUCCUAGUGAUUUAUAUAAGUUUGUUCCAGGC